AUGUUUUCGGUAGGUGUUAGAUCUUGCGUCGGUCCUGUUGUCAGAAGGCCAGCCAAUUUUAGGCUGGCGUCGACUUUAGUAUUUUUAGAGGCGAACAAAGAUGGCAAAGUCGCACAGUCCUCCCUGAGUGCGCUUUCUGCUGCAGAACAAUUAGGCAACCCCAUCAAAGCUUUGCUUGCUGGCAGUAACUCCACCGAAGCCGCUAAGCAACUGAAACUUACAGUGGGUGCCUCUUUGGUCGAUCAAAUUAUUGUUGCAAACAAUGAGGUUUACGACAACUACCUUCCUGAGGCGGUAACGCCCUUAUGUCUGGAACUGCUAAAGGAAAAGGAGUUUAGCCACUUCGUUGUCGCAAGCUCGGCCGUUGGAAAGAACCUUUUACCUCGUGUUGGUGCAUUACUUGAUUAUCAGCCAAUCUGUGAUGUUACUAAGAUCGUUGACCCCACAACCUUUGUGAGACCAAUAUAUGCUGGCAACGCGUUAGCUACAGUGCAAUGCACUCAAGAAAAGAAGCUCGUUAGUGUAAGAGCUUCUUCCUUUCCCGCGUGCAGCGCAGGUUCCUUCGACGCGCCAACUUUAGAGGCGCCACAGGUCGAAAUCGCGGAACUUGGUGUCGCAUGGGAAAGCGAAAACCUGGUCAAGAGCGCCAGGCCCGAUCUUGGGUCGGCCGCUAAAGUGGUCUCGGGAGGACGCGGUUUGAAGAACAAGGAAACAUUUGACAAGCUUAUUACCCCUCUGGCCGACUCUCUCUCAGCUGCGAUCGGCGCUACCAGAGCUGCUGUUGACUCCGGGUUCUGUGAAAACUCUCUGCAAAUCGGGCAAACUGGCAAGGUUAUUGCGCCAGAUCUUUACAUUGGCGUUGGUGUUUCUGGCGCCAUUCAGCAUUUGGCUGGUAUGAAAGACUCAAAGGUCAUUGUUGCGAUCAACAACGAUCAAGAAGCGCCCAUAUUCCAGGUAGCAGAUUUUGGUCUCGUUGGCGAUCUUAAUGAGAUUGUGCCUGAGCUAACAAAAAAGCUGACUAAAUAA